UGUGGAUGUUUCAUUUUAUCGUUUUUUAACAUACAGUGGUGGUACGCGGCGCGGAUGGUUCGGUGAACGUCGAGACGUUCGAUUCGAUCAGAUGCUGCCUCUUCGAGCCGGACUAUCCACUUCGGAUUUUCAUCCCCUUCUGCGUCUCGCUGCCGUUGUCUCUGAUGCCGACGCGGCCAUCACGUCAGCAGAACACAACUGAUUACUUUUUGAUGGGGCUAAACACCGACCUCUCCAGGAGAAGCGAGAACUAUAACUGAGUCUACACUGGCCGAAAGUGGUAUAGUUCAGAUCACGAUGACGAUGGAUGUGAGCAAGUCGGAGACUAAUAAAAAUGGCUCCACGCAGCAGGAAUGUGCCGGGUGUGGGAAAACUAUUACGGAAAGGUAUCUACUCAAGGCCUUGGACCUGUUCUGGCAUGAAGAUUGCCUGAAAUGUGGAUGCUGCGACUGUCGUCUGGGUGAAGUUGGCUCCACCUUAUACACGAAAGCGAACCUCAUACUCUGCAAAAGAGAUUACCUCAGGCUCUUCGGUAACACUGGAUACUGUGCAGCUUGCAGCAAGGUCAUACCGGCCUUCGAGAUGGUGAUGAGAGCCAGGGCGAAUGUUUAUCAUUUGGAGUGCUUCGCAUGCCAGCAGUGCAACCACCGAUUUUGCGUCGGGGACAGAUUUUACCUCUGCGACAAUAAAAUCCUCUGCGAGUACGACUACGAGGAGAGGCUCGUCUUCGCGAAUAUGGCGCUUCACCCUCCCGCCUCGCUCGCACACAUAAAAAGACAGCUACCCCCGACCCCGACACCCUCUGGACAGAACAUGCACCCCAGUCACAGUCCGAUGCAGCAUCCCCAUCAGCCGCCGGGGCCCAUGGCCCAGGCGAUUGGACAGCAUAACCACAUCUCGAACGGGCAGAUAUCCGGAGGUCCACCGAACAUGAAUGGGACCAUAGGCGGGCCGAGGGGACCGGGUGACAUGAACAAUAACGGUCUGUCAGGGCCAGGAAUCGGCUCUGUAAAACCUCCGCCAAUGUCGAUGCCGGCGCCGACGAGCUGAGACGAGGCUGCACCGCCGAUGAAAAAGCUAAGGUGUCUCGACGGCUAUUGAAACGAUCCUGGGUCUACCGACCUCAGACUUUCCUACGGGGAGUCGGAAAAAUCUAUGCCCCAAAAAAUGGGCCCCGACAUUACGGGCCUAAAUACAGUGUUCGAAAUUCUAAUGUGAGAGGCAGCAGCCCGCAAAAAGCGAUCGACAAGCUUUCAAAGGAUUUUCACUUUUAACGCGUGUGAAGAAAAUGACGUUUAUUUUGAUUUUUU